CACCUGCCCGCCGCGGGUGAGGGCUGGGAGGCUGGUGCGCGCGGCGAGGGCCGCCGCACAUGCGCCUUGAGGGAAGAUGGCACCUGCCCGCUGCUACUACUGCUGCUGCUGUUGCUGCUGCUGGGGAGGCGCUGUGGCCGCCGCGAGCGCCGCGCGGCACGUCCUGGUGUUGCUGCUGCUGGGGGUCCUGUGCGCCGGGCCGCUCCCGGGCGUCCUGGCCACCGAGCACUAUACGCCGCUGUCCCUGCUGAAGCAGGAGCUGCAGCACCGGCAGCAGCAGGAGGCCCCGGCAGGCGGCGGCUGCAGCCCGCAGUCUGGGGACUGGGGGGACCAGUACUCGGCCGAGUGCGGCGAGUCCUCCUUCUUGAACUUCCAUGACUCAGACUGCGAGCCCAGAGGAUCACCGCCCUGCGACUCUCUGCUUUCCCUCAACACCGAAAAGAUCCUGAGCCAGGCCAAGUCCAUAGCCGAACAGAAGAGAUUCCCGUUUGCUACUGAUAACGACAGCACAAAUGAAGAGUUAGCUAUUGCUUAUGUGCUGAUUGGCAGUGGCCUCUAUGAUGAAGCAAUAAGACAUUUUUCAACAAUGCUUCAGGAGGAGCCUGAUCUGGUUAGUGCAAUUUAUGGCCGAGGGAUAGCCUAUGGAAAGAAGGGCCUUCAUGACAUUAAGAACGCUGAGCUCGCUCUCUUUGAACUGAGCCGAGUAAUUUCCCUGGAACCAGACCGUCCAGAGGUGUUUGAGCAGCGAGCAGAAAUUCUGUCCCCUCUGGGACGAAUUAAUGAAGCAGUGAAUGACCUCACUAAAGCUAUCCAACUUCAGCCUUCAGCACGGCUGUACAGACACCGGGGGACCCUGUACUUCAUAUCAGAGGACUAUGCAACAGCCCAUGAAGACUUUCAGCAGUCCUUAGAGCUGAACAAAAACCAGCCUAUAGCUAUGCUAUACAAAGGUCUAACUUUCUUUCACAGAGGACUUUUGAAGGAAGCUAUUGAAUCCUUCAAAGAAGCUUUGAAGCAGAAAGUUGAUUUUAUUGACGCGUAUAAAAGUUUGGGGCAGGCCUAUAGGGAACUGGGCAAUUUUGAGGCAGCCACUGAGAGCUUUCAGAAGGCCCUGCUGCUGAACCAGAACCACGUCCAGACCCUCCAGCUGCGCGGGAUGAUGCUCUAUCACCACGGCAGCUUACAGGAAGCCCUGAAGAACUUCAAGCGGUGUCUGCAGCUAGAGCCAUAUAACGAGGUGUGCCAGUAUAUGAAAGGACUCAGCCAUGUUGCAAUGGGACAGUUUUAUGAAGGGAUAAAAGCACAGACUAAGGUUAUGCUGAAUGACCCUCUCCCAGGUCAGAAGGCCAGCCCAGAGUAUCUAAAAGUGAAAUAUCUCCGAGGUAAGGUCAGCUGUGAUGACUGUGGUGUUAUCACUGAACUGGGUGAGAAUCAGCCCCUGUCAAGUGUACUAACAAUCUCCAUUUCUCAACCCUUCCUCUCAGCCAUGGGCCUGGCGGCGCUAGAAGUCAUGCAAGCCGUCCAGCGCACGUGGACCAACGCCAAGGUCCGCAUGAAUGGGAAGACGCGGCUGAUGCAGUGGAGGGACAUGUUCGACCUCGCAGUGAAGUGGAGACGGAUCGCCGACCCCGACCAGCCAGUGCUCUGGUUAGACCAGAUGCCGGCACGAAGCCUUAGCAGAGGUUUUAACAACCACAUCAACCUAAUCAGGGGUCAAGUCAUUAACAUGAGGUACCUCGAAUAUUUUGAGAAAAUUCUUCAUUUUAUUAAAGACAGAAUUCUUGUUUAUCAUGGAGCUAAUAAUCCUAAAGGAUUGUUGGAAGUUAGAGAAGCUCUGGAAAAGGUACACAAAGUAGAAGACCUUCUUCCAAUUAUGAAGCAGUUUAAUACUAAAACGAAGGAUGGGUUCACUGUGAAUACAAAAGUCCCCAGCCUUAAAGAUCAAGGGAAGGAAUAUGACGGCUUCACGAUCACGAUCACAGGAGACAAGAUUGGCAAUAUACUAUUUUCCGUGGAAACGCAAACCACAGAAGAAAGAACACAAUUAUAUCAUGCUGAAAUAGAUGCUCUUUAUAAAGAUCUAACAGCGAAAGGGAAAGUCCUCAUCCUGUCAUCAGAAUUUGGGGAGGCUGAUGCUGUUUGUAACUUAAUCUUAUCCUUAGUUUAUUACUUUUAUAAUUUAAUGCCACUCUCUCGAGGAUCCAGUGUGAUAGCUUACUCAGUGAUCGUGGGAGCACUGAUGGCCAGUGGAAAAGAAGUAGCAGGAAAAAUUCCCAAAGGGAAGUUAGUUGACUUUGAAGCUAUGACAGCCCCUGGUUCAGAGGCCUUCAGCAAAAUAGCUAAAAGCUGGAUGAACUUGAAAAGUAUUUCACCUUCUUAUAAGACUCUUCCGUCAGUAUCUGAGACGUUCCCAACGUUAAGAUCCAUGAUUGAGGUGCUAAACACUGACUCCUCUCCACGUUGUCUUAAGAAACUCUAGUUACGCUGUGGUAUUUACACAAGUAAAGGGCCGGACCUCUUGCUUCUUAAGUUAUUUUUUAAAACAUGGAAUUAUAAAGAAAUUAGGUCCUUUAUUACUUUUGAUACCAAUUUUUGAUAGGAAUUGAAUACUUGAAAUCAUUUUCUUUACUUUCUGAACCAUAACAGAAAUCAUGAUGAAAGAAGGUUUUUGGGGGAAACAAGCUAUAAUGUCGGAGGGAAGGUAUGUGUAUUUGCCAGUGACCUGUUGGUUUCCACUUACAACGUCAUACAGCUCCUUAUGCAAAAAAAACGUUGACUUCAAAAACCAAAAAUUGCAAUUAAAAGGAACAAAACCAACAACAAAACAAGAUUUGCAUAUUUUCAAAGACUUUAUUUUUAUGCACAUUGUGAGAGGGUGUCUUGUCUUCGUGUGUGGGUUGGCUGCUUUAUUUGAACUGUGAGAGACUUGUGGGCCAUCGGUGUGCCACAGUCCCCAGAGCAGGGACACUGCUGAAUGACACAGACAGUAUUUGCAAGUGACCCAAACACUGAAUUGUCGAACCGCAUUUUUUUUCCGUCUUGUUGGAACAAAUAAACAGGUGAUUUCUCUAAAUCACCAGUUUUUGACACUG